AUGCUAACUACCGCUCAACAUCCGACCGCUGAAUUAAUCUCAUCUACUCAAUAUCAAACAAUCUCUGUUGGCGAUAUUCUUCUGCAUUAUGGCCCAAAACCAAAAAUGAUCAUCGUCAAUAUCUGUAAACAAAAUUCAUCACUGGCUUCUCAAAACAAGCCUACAGACUUAUAUUAUCGAAGUAUAAAUAAAUUACCAAAUUCAAAUAUAUUGUGCGAUUUAAAAAAUAUUGAAGAACAGCAAAUUGAAAGGUCUCUUAAUAAUUUAACAAAUCCUCUAACUACAAAAGCGAAUAUUAGUAAAAAAGCCUUGCACAUACCAAAAGUUGGCUGGGAAAUUUGCAAAGAAAGUAUAGCUUAUUCAAAAUUAAGAAAAAAACUAAGCACAACUGAGUCAAAAACGAACAAAAAAAACGCAUUGUACGAAAAUACAGAUAUUAGCAAUGAGAUAUCAAACAAUGAAUUUACCCAGUUGUGA